UGGUUUUUGAGCUCCCAAGAAGGGAAAACGGUUUAAUUGUGUAUGAUUAAAUGCAGUGUAUUGUUGUGCAUAGAAAUAACAAACAGAAGCUACAAGAACUGAUGACUGAAAAUGCUUACCAGAGUGUUAAGAAACAAUGUACAGACAAGCAGCUCGUGUGGAAGUUUGUGAAACAAAUAGUUAGUCCACGUAUUGUUGAUGCUCGGAUAGAACCCGUCCUUACAAAGGAAACACUUUUUGCUCAAAUCACAGUUCGCAUCAAUGCCAGACAGUUGUUUGGUGUUCGUCACCGAUUUGGAAAAUUACUGAGAGGGGAUGACUGGAAAGAGCGUGAUGUCAUUGAUUAUGUGAUACUGGAGAGACACAUAGUUGAAGCAUUAUCAGUAUGGCGCGUCUGUGGUAAAGUUGCUCCAGAACAGAUUUCAACUCAAACAACAAGUUAG